AUGUUUGCUGCCCUGAACUCAGACAGUGAAGAAGAGGCUCCCCCAGGUGCGCCAGGUGCCAAGAAGUCCACUGCGGAGCCACCCAGGAGUCAAGAAGAGGACGCACAGCUUGGUCGUUCCACCCGGCCGGAAGAUGGCGCAGACUUCAGUGUAAAGACGAAAAAGAAGAAAAAGGGCAAAGGAGGGGGCAAAGGCUAUGCUGGCCCUCGGACUGUCAGAUGCGAGCCGGGAACGCAGGCCUUUGCCGACGAGUUGUUGUGCAAUGUCUCUCGCUGCAUAGAUGCUGCCCUGAGUCCUCUGAAGGCACACAUUGUGGCCAACAUCCGUCAGUUCAUUGGGUCCCAGGAUCCACUGGCAGGUCAAAAUCUACCGCUGGCCUUUCGAACUGCUAUAGUUGCCCGCACGCUGGAUGACCGAUGGCAUGCCGAACUCCACUUCCGGGGCCCGACCAAAUGCUUCUACGAAGCCGUCCAAACAACAGGGUCGGUGAAGACCAAGUCUGGUUUCCGGCAGAAUGCCGAGAUUUAUCAGCUCGAGGGCUUCUGGCGCCGCGGCGUUGGCUCGAUCCACCUCCUCUGGACGAAGGAAACCUGCCGCCACUACGAGGGCGCGACGCAAAGUGCCAACGAGACCUCUCGGGAGGUCCAGCGUGGCGUGGAGCUGCGCUGCGUGGAGCACAGCUGUGGGUCCGUUUACCUCCAAGGCAACGCCGAAGGCACCGGAAGCGAUUCGACUCCCGGUCCGACCUUUUGGCAGGCUCGGAAGGGGAUUCAGUGCGUGUGCGGCUUUCCGUGCUGUUGCAGCUGCGGCAAUCGGUGA